UUUAAAUCAGACUGAACCCACACAACCAACAGAGGUGUGGUUUCCGUCGGGAAGCCAAAAGGCCAGAGACAAAAAAAGGAAAUGUCACCCAAGAAACAAAACCCCCACCCACUGAGGCCGGCACCCCCGGACCCCCACGUCCUCCCAAAGUCCCCCGGCCCACGCUUUUCAAACCUCUGAUGUUCACCGUCGGGUUUACAGGUUGCUCCUUUGGUGCCGCGGCCAUCCUGCAAUACGAGACCCUGAGGUCGAAAGUUCAGAAUGCAAAAGACGGAGAGGAGACCGAAAAACUCUUCGAGGGGUCCCAGGGCAUGGCGUUCUGGCACAACUGGUGGAACCAGUUGUCGGGCUUCCAGCAACAGCUCAUCCUCCUGAUGUCUGUGGCGGAUGAGUUCUGGAGCAGCCUCACAGAGGGGCAUCAGACCGUCACAGGCAUCAUCGCAUUAAAUGUUGUCGUCCUGUGUUGCUGGCGGAUCCCUUACCUGCAUAGAAGCAUGAUCAAGUACUUCAUGUCCAACCCAGCCUCCAACACCCAGUGCCUUCCCAUGGUCCUGUCCUCCUUCAGCCAUUACUCCGUUGUCCACUUGGUGGCCAACAUGUACGUCCUGUGGACAUUCUCAACAGGAAUUGUCUCUCUCUUAGGCAAGGAGCAGUUCCUUGCAUUCUACCUCUCUGCCGGUGUGAUUUCAACUAUGGUCAGCUACAUGUGUAAAGCUGCAACCGGACGUCUCCACCCAUCCUUAGGAGCAUCGGGCGCCAUCAUGGCGGUGCUGGCCGCAGUGUGUACAAAAAUGCCAGAAGCCAAAAUGGGCAUAAUCUUCCUCCCCAUGAUCACUUUCACCGCGGGAAAUGCUCUGAAAGCGCUGGUUGCCAUAGAUGCAGCAGGGCUGAUACUGGGAUGGCGGUUGUUUGACCACGCAGCUCACCUCGGCGGAGCCCUCUUUGGAAUAUGGUACGUGUCAUAUGGUCACAAGCUGAUUUGGAGGAAGAGGGAGCCCCUUGUGAAGCUGUGGCAUGACAUGCGUUCUCCAGGUGCCGGUGGAUCCAGGCCAGGAGGUUAAUGGUCGUGGACCUGGACCACAAUGAGACGCUGCAAGGUCUCUUGGAUCCUUUGUUAAAGGACUGGAGUCCACGGUUACCCCAGAAUAUGCAGGGACACUUUUAUCCACCAAGAGUUAGUCAGGUGUUAUCACUUAUUAAUAAAGUUGUUCAUUCAAUGUGACAGACUGAUAACAUCUGCUACCCAACAAGUAUAGCCGUCGAGCUACAACAUGAGACACAUCAGCACUCUCCUCCCCGAGGAUGUUGAACCUUUUUCAGCCUUCAUGUUGGAUUUGUGUUUGUUAUUGAAAACGUUUCCACAAGCCUGGGCAUACAGAGUGCUGGAACCAGUCAGAGAGGAGAUCAUAUGCUGAAGUCAAUGUAAUAUGCAGUCCUGUGGACUGAGCUGGAGUUGCUAUUAAAACUGGAGUUCUCAAAUCUGA